AUGAAGUCACUGUGUGUGUUACUUGUUGCCAUAGCUGUGGCCAGUGCCAGUCCAUCUGAGACAGAUGGCCUCCUCACGACAGCCCUCAGAUUUGUCAAGGAUUGUGGUGAUAAGUCAAUGGUCCUAUGCCUAAAGGAACGCGCCUUGCACUACAUCGACGGCAGCCAAGGUGAUAUCAACCUGUCCGAGGGCGUGAGCCUCGUGCAGUCUGAGCCCGUGGCUUCCGGACGAUCACUCAACGAGAUCGUCCUGCCCGCUGAGCCUGAGGCCCGCGAGUCUGAGGUUGACUCGCUGUUGGUGGACCGUGUGGCGCGCUUCUUGGGCUCCCACACCCUGCAAUUCAAGGUGCCCAAGGACUCCAUCCAGGAAAUGCAGCGAUCUCUCGAUGAAGCUCGUGGAAAGGGAAAGAAGACCAAGAAACUCCUCCUGCCCCUCCUGCUCUUGUUCAAGCUGAAGGCUGCCGCCCUCCUGCCCCUGGCCAUUGGAUUCCUCGCCCUGAUCGCCUUCAAGGCCCUGAUCAUCGGCAAACUUGCCCUCCUCCUGUCCGGCAUCAUCGGCCUGAAGAAGCUCUUCGACUCCAAGCAAUCCCAGAGCUACGAGGUGGUCGCCCAUCCACACCACGGCGGCUACGAGGAUCACCACGGACACUAUGCCCGAUCCUUCGACGCUCACAACCUGGCCUACAACGGAUACGCCCAGUAA